ACAAUCAAUAACGCCGGUCGGUGUCCAUCUCGUGUCUCGGGCGCUGCCUCCAACUGCCUUUAGAAGCAGCUCAGAGGGGAGAUGGUUGUCUUUUGCCUUUUCAAAGCGCAGCUGCUCUUCUUCUCUUUACUUAUCAGCUUUUGAGUUUUGUACUAAAGCUAAAACCACAAGCUCGCUCGAGAAAGUGGAGACUAAAGCAAAAACCACAAGCUCGCUCGAGAAAGUGGAGAUCUGCUGCUUCUUUUCCUUUCCUUUCCAGACGGAGAGAAAUUAUAGAGUGAGAGAGGGGGGAGAAUGGCGUAUAGGGCGGAUGAUGACUACGAUUAUCUGUUCAAGGUGGUUUUGAUCGGAGAUUCAGGGGUUGGGAAAUCAAACUUGCUGUCGAGGUUCACUCGCAACGAGUUCAGCCUGGAGUCCAAGUCCACCAUUGGUGUUGAGUUUGCGACCCGCAGCAUUCGUGUGGAGGACAAGGUUAUCAAGGCCCAGAUAUGGGACACUGCAGGUCAGGAGAGGUAUCGUGCCAUCACUAGUGCAUACUAUCGAGGGGCGGUUGGUGCACUGCUGGUCUAUGAUGUCACCCGCCACAUAACAUUUGAGAACGUGGAGAGGUGGCUCAAGGAGCUGCGCGACCACACUGAUGCCAACAUCGUGAUCAUGCUCGUGGGGAAUAAGGCUGACCUUCGCCACCUGAGGGCUGUCUCCACCGAGGAAGGCAAGGCCUUUGCAGAGAGAGAGUCCACAUAUUUCAUGGAGACAUCAGCCUUGGAAUCAACUAAUGUUGAGAAUGCCUUCACCGAGGUGCUCACACAAAUAUAUCGAGUUGUAAGCAGGAAAGCCCUUGAUGUUGGAGAAGAUCCUGUGGCUGCGUCAUCCUUGAAAGGCCAGACCAUCAACAUGGGUGGCAAGGAUGAUGUUUCUGCAGUGAAGAAAGUGGGCUGCUGCUCAACAUAGCAUCAUCCUUGGCCAGACUAGGUGUGAGCAUUGCUCCAGUGGCAGACUAGGCUGGGGAUGUGAUAAGGUGAAGGGUUUGCGGGAUCAAUCGUUUUUGGCUGGGAAACAUAUUCCAUUGUGCUGCUGGAUGACGAUUUUCACAAUCCCGUCCGUUUAAAUGAAUUUCCUCUACGUGAAUAUGUUAAUGUAGGUUUUCUGCAAGGGCAAGUGAAGGUGCCAUCAAGCUUUCCUUUGUUGGGAAUGCAUGGAUCCCCAUUUUUGGUUUUUUGAAGUGGGAAGCCUGUACACGUGGCUCAACCCAUAUAUAAGCUUGUGGUUGUUAUUCUCGGCUCUGAUUUGAAUGGACCUUUGAGAUAGCUUUAGUCAUAUUGCCACAUG